UGUCUCCAGGUUGGGUGGUACAAGGGGGUGUGAAAGUGUGAGUGAGUAUCAGGGAACGGCUGCUCGCCCUGCUGAUUAAUGCUGGCUAUUUGAUCAGAAAAGGAAGCUUGAAGUGAUUUGCUGGAUCUUCAAAAGAAGCAAAGGAGUGGAGCUUUUACAGAAAUAGAGCAGGACGAAUUGAGCUUUAGCCUUCAGAAGGCCAGAGCAGAGCAGAGAACUGGAGCUGGUAUGAGGUUAAUGUUCCUGAGUUGAACCGACACUAUGAAGUCCUUGGAACUGCUGCUGCCUUUACUGCUACUAGUACGAGAUAUUCAUGCUCAAUGGAAUGUUUGGAUGCCCAGGGACAUUUCAGCCAUGACUAACUCCUGUGUGGUAAUCCCAUGCACAUUCAUAUACCCCUCAGCGGUCAGACCGUACAGGGGCACCCAUGGAAUCUGGUAUUUUGGCCAGCCCUAUCCACAACUCUACCCUCCAGUGGUUUUCAAGUCUCGCACAGACAUUGUGCAUGAAAGUUACAAAGGCCGUACCAAGCUCCUGGGUGACCUAUCUCAAAAGAACUGCACGCUGCAAAUAAGCAACCUUGGAGGUGAGCAUGCAGGGAGGUACUACUUUCGAGCUGAUCUAGGAGGAGCAAACAUCUAUACCUACCCAGAUUUCAGUGAGCUCAAGGUGUUGGAUCAGCCCAACAUUGAUGUCCCAGAAGAAAUAGUCAGUGACAGCAGCUUGGAGUUGACUUGCUAUGCUCCAGACAACUGUCCUGACAUGACUCCUGAGAUCCACUGGAUGUACACAGACUAUCUCCCUGAUCCUCAUUUUGCAUCAGAAUAUGUGGAGGAAAGCAACACAGCAGUGAUGUCCAGCACACUUACUUUCACACCCAAAGCUAUGCAUAAUGGUCAACUGGUUGGCUGCAGAGUCCAUUACCCCAACACCACUUUUGUGUAUGAGCGUCUUAUCGCGCUGGAUGUUAAAUAUGCCCCACGCAAAGUUUGGGUAAACGUCUCCAAGGAGGUAAUGGAGGGAAGCUCUGUGGUACUUCACUGUGAUGUGGACAGUAAUCCUAUGCCACGCAUUACAUGGUUGUUUGGAGAUGAUGAACUGAUGACAGAAACUGGCUCAAACGCAUCUCUUUACCUGGAGUCAGUGACUGCAGAGCAGGAGGGUUCAUACACCUGUGUUGGUGAUAAUGGCUAUGGAACAAUGAACACCUCUAUGUACUUGGCUGUCAAAUAUGCCCCAAGAGAGCCAUGGGUCAAUGAGUCCCUGGUGGUGAUGGAGGAUUCCUCUUUGGCUCUCCAUUGCAACACUCAGGGCAAUCCUGUUCCUACAAUUACUUGGUUGAAGGAUGGAGAGUUGGUGGGAACCAUAAAAGCUGGAGAACAGUCCAUACUCGAGCUUACAGAUAUCAACCCACAGACUGAUGGCACAUACCGCUGCCUGGCUGAGAAUGAACAUGGCCGGGCCAGCAGCUCUCUAAACAUCACUGUGGAGUUUGCUCCCAUUUUUCUUGAUGAUUCCAAGUGCACCAUAGUGCGAGAAGGUGUGCAAUGUGUCUGCAUAGCCACUGGCAAUCCUGAACCAUCCAUAGCAUUCCACCUUCCUGACCACAAUAUCACCAUUAAUGAGACAAAUGGCCGUUACAACUUCUACACACAUACAGAUGGUUAUACAUCAACUGGCAUGAUAAAACUGAGGGAGAAGGGUGACCGGGAGAACAACGAAGACAUAGCUGUUCAUGUACACUGCAGCAUCUCUAACGCUUAUGGCUCUCAUUCUAUCCGGCUAGAACUGCAGCAAGAGAAAAAGUACCUGAUGGCUGUAAUAGUGGGAACUAUCGGAGGAGUGGCAGUUAUUGCCUUUAUCAUUGCAGCUGUAAGAUAUGUGGGACAAAACAACAAAAAAGAGAAUGGCAACCCUGGGCAGGACGUGGGCUCUAGAGUGGAGAAUCCCUCCAUGUACUACAGCGCAGUCAAGAAGGACAAACAAAGUCUCAGGAAAAAAGUGCUUAAGACUGAGCUGCUGGGCUCUAAGUUUAAUUCCAUCCUAGAAGAGAGCACGGGAGAAGACAGCGAUUACCAGCAUGUUGGCUCGACUGCAGGCAUGGAGAGGCAAGAGCUGAAUUUUCUCGGGCGACAGCGUGAGGGAAGAUUGGGGAGGGGGGAUGACACCACUGACUACACAGAGAUCAAAGCCAAAUGAAUCGCGAUCCUUCCCUGAAGCCUCGACCGAAAGGGACACAGUGGCCUCUAGCUUCCAAUAAAUUCCUUUCCACAAAUUCAUUCUGUACCAGUUAGCAUACUCAAAUUUACCAAAACUAUCAUUAUUUUACCUAGGUCUGUGAUUAUUUCAUUUCCUCUGAUGUUUCGGAAAGUAAGUAGUCUUCUUACGAGGACUAGUCCCCAUGUACAGUAUAACCAUAUUUAAUACCUCGCAAUCUCAUUGUUACAUUGGGAAGUAAUGCAAUGUCAAAAGGGGCUUGCUGAAGGUGUCCUAAAGCAUUUACAGAAUUACAUUAAUGUUAAAUACUUGUUGAAGAAGAAUGGGUCGUGGUUGUAUCCAAGAUUUCUUUCACUAGUCAUCAUUCACGCUGUGUCCACAGCAAGUCGAAGCGUCAGGGAACGAGACAUGCAGCAUGUCUCGAAGUUCUAGCACUAUCUCAAAUAGAAUGUUUUCCCAAAUCUAGAGGGUCUCUCAGCCACUUUUUAAGUGUACCAUGGUAAGUGAUCGGUGAAGUAUGCAUUCUGUUUUUCUAUGACAUGCCCAAAAGUGAUUGUUAAAGUGUUUUGAGUUUGUCUGACCCCACAAAGUAAGCAUGAGGAUAAUGUUUACCCAAUGGAUUUCUUUAAAGUGGGAUAAACAAAUAGCUGGCUAAAAACUUUUUCAUUUUUCUGUACAUGAUGAUGAUUAUGUUUAGAUCAAAUAGAUACAUCUGUAGUCCAUCUUUCCUGUCAAAUGUUACAUACAAACUUAAGAGGUGAUUAGUAGACUUCUUUGUUUUAAAAAAAGGAAAAUUGGUCUAAGAUACAGUAUUUCUUAAAGAGGAAACAUUUCAGUGCUAUUGCAAUGUGAAGUACUGAUUUUAAGAGGAAAUAGUGUCAGCGGUCAAUAACCUUGCUUUUUUUUUUUUACUCAUUUAAGACACAUGGCAAAAGGAAUGGCCGGUCACACCCCACUUUCUUGUGGUCCAUUUCCUGCUAACAAAUACUGUGCCUGGUUUUGUUUUAACUACGCUCCAGUCUAUUUUUGAUUUUUUUUUUUUACAAACUCUUCACUCUUAGGGUAAAGUCAACAUAUCAACCAACCAAAUUAAGAUAGCAGAAUGCAAUUAAACACAGCCGAAUACAUAUUCAAAGGGAAGAGGAUGUCACAUCAGAUCUGUUUAAAUGAAUACACUAAAGUGUCAUAUUGAAAACUAUCACUUUACCCAGGAGGGCUUUAUUGAAAUGUAUUAUUUAUCAAUUUUAAAACAUCCUCCAUUCAGGUUAUAUGAAAUUCAUCGAUAUGUACAAUGUAUGUACAUAUAUCAAAUCCUAAUGCAUACGACUCAAUUUUACUAAAUCCUUAACACAUAAAAUCACUUAACCGACAUUUGUAAAGAAUUCAUGAAAGGCACCAAUAUAAAGGGAUAUCAUUUAUGUAAAUACAGUAUACAUCUGUUCUCUGUUGUGAACCAUUUAAAACCCAGUACAAGAUAUUUAUUUGGGAUUUGCAGCACAGAAAUAUAAAACAGGCAAUUAAUAACGGAUCUAUUUAUAUAAAAAAAAUAUACAUCUAUUUAGGAGAGCAUUUUGUUAGUCCAGUCUAAUCAUUGACUUUAUGUAUUGUAAAGAGUAUUUGUAAGCAUUUGACUGUGUGAUGAUGAUAACGUUGGCUUUUUUUUUUUCUUCUUUAUGUAAUAAUUUGGACAGGGACUUUGAAACCCUUGGACAAAACAACGAUGUUCAAAGCUAAUCAUGCAUUUGUUUAAUUUAUUUAUUCUUUUGUUAAAAAACUUUCACCUUCAAUGCCAUCUUUAAGGCAAACAAAUAAAGUACAAAAGA